GUUUUCACAUCCCUAACCCCGCAGCGUUCUUACACGUGCGCGUGAAUUUUAGUUUAUUUGACUUGGUUUUUAAUUAAAAACAUUUAAAUAUGUCGCUUUUACGUAUCAGGAAACCCAAAACCCGCAAGGGAAAGAAGGUGUUGCUGGCCAGGGAGCCGCAACUCAUUGAAUCCGCCCGCACAAUGCUGUUUUUGGACGGAAGAAAGUGCGGCGGCAAUGUGAAGCUGUGCAUGAAGGAUCUGCAGGCGCUGAAGAAGCCGCUGGUUAAGGUGCUGAAUCGCAAAAACGACAUUACCCCCUUUGACGAUCCCUCCUCUCUGGAAUUCUUGACCAUGAAGAACGAUGCUGCUCUGUUCACCUUCGGUUCCACGUCCAAGAAGCGACCCGAUAACAUUAUACUAGGCAGGAUCUUCGAGAACGAGGUGCUGGACAUGUUUGAACUGGGCAUCAAGCGGUAUCAGGCGAUUUCCGAGUUUAAGAACGAGAAAAUCGGAGCCUGCGUCAAGCCCUGCCUGGUGUUUAAUGGCCCGAAAUGGGCACAGACCGAGGAACUGAGGCGCCUUCGCAACCUGUUCAUCGACACCUUCCAACGCGAGAAGGUGGAUUCCAUCCGUCUGCAGGGCAUCGAACACGUUCUGAGUUUUACGGUUACCGAUGACAUGAACAUACUGAUGCGCUCCUACCGGAUACUGCUGAAGAAAUCUGGCCAGAGGACGCCGCGCAUUGAGCUUGAGGAGAUCGGACCCUCGGCCGACUUCUCCAUUCGCCGCACAAAGAUCGCCAGCGAGGAUCUGUACAAGCAGGCACGCAAACAGCCCAAGCAGUUGAAGGUGGGCAAGAAGAAGAACAUUAGCACAGACGCCCUGGGCAACACCAAGGGACGUGUCCAUCUGGGCAAGCAGCAAACGGGCUCCAUUCAAACGCGUCGCGUCAAGGCGCUGCGUAAGACGCCUGAGGAGAAGAAGGAGAACCGACAGCGCAAAAAGGUUGCUCUGAAGGCGGCCGCCGCCGAGGCACUGGCCUCACAAGGAAAGAAUCCCUUCUCUAGUUAACUUUAGUUGUAAUAAAUUGGUCCUGAUUAAAUUAGCUUUAACAAGUGUA